AUGUUCAUUGUGCUUGCCAUCGUGCUGGUGUGCGGCACUGUCGCCACAGCCCUGGGGGCGGCGCACUUUGUCUUUGUAACCAAGGUCGACAACCAAGCCAAGGCGAUCUUGUCGGGGCUGCAACAUACUCCUGGAGUGUACGUGACGCUCACUGUGAAGCGCGCCAGUAUGAGGUUGAACGGGGUGUCCACGGCCGAAGCGUACAUCUUUCCUCGAGGAGGUCCAAAUUUGGAUGGCGCUCUUUUGUUCGAUGCGGUCUUGACGCAUCGCAAUGAAGACGUGAUGACCACGUACACGCUACUCAACAGUCGCGCGUAUGUGUCAACUUCGUCCGUCAGCACUGGCACCAUCAUGCACGUGAGCUGUCUCGAAGCGUCGCAAGUGCCCCCCAUUCACAUGAUGGCAUUCAGUUUGACUACGUCGACGGUGCUGGAUGAAGUCCAAGGCACGGCACAACCAUUGUGCGACAACGGCAAACUCCUCCAAUUGUCGUUUGCUGGGGAAAAUUUUGUGUUUUGCACCGCCCAAGAUAGCAAACUGCAGCGCGCCGCGAGCGACGACCUUGACAUGGUGAUUCAAUACGUGUCAGACCCGACUUUGCUUCCAGACUUGGUGACCCCUUGGAAUGGCACUGCGACCCCCCUUGAUUGCCCCGUUGUGGUGUCUUCGGGCAUCCCACCCACGCCCGUAGCCCCCACCUACAUGGAGACCGCAUCGAUGGUGUACAACGCCGCCACGGGACCCAAGCGAUCCUUCAUGAUGGGCAAAUUGUCGUGUGAGUGCCGUCGAGCCAAGCAACCUUGCUUGUUUGUCCAUGGCCUCGGCAAUUCAAAAGCCGGCCCGAUGGUCGACACAUUCAAGAGCUACUGGGGCAAAAUCCACGAGCAUUCUCCGUGUUGUUCCUCGACAAAGUUUGUCCAGUUCGACACGGUGACCCAAGGAUGGACCGACCCCAACUUGCAGCGCGAGUUCUGCACUGCUGCCCUUAAAAUCAGUCAGGGGGAGUCGCAGUCCACCGUGGGCAGUUUGAUCCUCGUGACUCACUCGAUGGGAAAUCUCCUUGCCGGGGGGGCGGUGGCCAGUGGCAUGUGUCAAUUCAGCUCGAGGGUGACGUGGAUGUCGCUGGCUGGUCCAAUGCAAGGCAGCCAAUCGACCAACUUAGUCGCCUCUCGGUGCGCAGCUUCGAAUAGCUGGUUUGACCGGGCGUUCGCGGAUGUGUUGGGGCUGACAGGGCUCUGCCCAUCGCCACGAGCAUACGUUCAAUUGCAGCACCAGUCUACGGUUGGAGCCGACAUGCAGGCCAAGUACCAGCAGGCCCAAGCCGUCCGUCGUACUCACGGCGCUCGAGUCCUCUGCGGCACCGACCCCUUUGGAAUUGGGUCGCCCAUGUCCAUUGCACUGGCCUCUGUUGGCGCCAUCUCAGGCCAUGCCGAUCGUGCGCAUGAUGGAGUUGUGGAUUUGACUAGCUGCAUGGCAGGGGUCAGUACUUCUGGGGCGGGGGCUGACUCGUCGGAUUAUCACUAUCGGGCAGCUAUCAACCACCUGGACACAUCGUUUCGACAUGGAGAUGGCUGGUGGGGAAAUGACCGCAAGCCUCAAAAGUGGUUUGAAUGUGCAUUAUAG